AUGCAGGGGAUAUUCAAGAAAGCCUCAAAAAUAUUUCAGCAAACCCGUGCUCUCCUCUGGAAAAAUAUUCUUCUCAUGUGGAGGAUGAAGACAGAAAGUUUUCAGGAAUGGAUUACACUGGUGGUUUUUCUCUUAGUAAUACAAACAUCGUCAACUAUGAUAUUCCACUACCCGCGGCAAGAAAUCCCUUACGACUUCCUCGGACGGUUAGAUGAUCCAGCCUUCAACGCUGUGGGAGUCACACUCGCAUACACACCUGCAACAAACACCACCAGGCGAAUAAUGAGCAAAGUGGCUUCGGAUUCUGCACUGACGGGUGUAAUUAUAGAAGAGGUGGAAAAUGAGAAAAAACUGGAAACAAGAGGAGUUUUUGAAGACAUUAUUGGUGUUGUUUUUAAGGAUGACUUCUCCUACAGUCUCAGAUUUCAAAGCUACAGUGUGGUAUCUCCAAAUGAUGCCUUUGAACACAUCGAUACCUGCUCCAAUUUUUCAUCAAGUAACUGCAAAGUCCCUUUGUACUGGUAUGCUGGUUUCCUAUCGGUGCAGUCCAGCAUUGAUGCAGCAGUCAUAGAAAUGAAAACAAACCAUUCUGUCUGGGAAGAGAUGAAGUCAAUUAGUGGCGUUCGUCUGAAAUCACCCCCCGUCAAACCUGUGUAUAAACUGGAUUAUAUUUGGUUCAUUAUUUACAUUAUAUUGUGCUUCUCCCCAUAUAUGUACUUUUUAUCAGUGAAAGUUAUAAGAGAGAAGAAGCAGCUCAAGGUAUUAAUGAGAGCAAUGGGUUUGCAAGAUAUCGCGUUCUGGUUAUCCUGGAGCUUGCUGUACACCGUCUAUGUUUCCGUAACGGCAAGCCUGCUGACGCUGAUCACGAUUAGAGGAGUCAUCUACGAUCACAACUUUUUUGAAAUAUAUUUUUUUUAUUUCUCUUAUGGCAUAGCAUCCAUUCACUUCUGUUUCAUGCUCAGCUCGUUGUUAAAGCAGCCAAAUAUUGCCAGCUUCGUGGGAUUUGUCCUUCACAUCGUCUUUGGAUUGCUGGGCUUUCUGACACUGUUUGAAAAACUACCACCAUCUUCGGAAUGGAUUUUUAAUCUCUUCAGUCCUUUUGCCUUUACAGCUGGCAUCUCAAAGAUGGUAAAAUUAGAAAAAUAUGGACCAGUCCUUACACCAGAAUUGUACCCUUUCUUUAACCUAUACAUCGUCCUGCCCCUUGACAGUGUCUUGUAUUUGCUGUUGGCCAUCUACUUUGACAAGGUUUUACCUGGCAAAUACGGAGUACCAUAUCCACCUAUGUUCUUCCUGAGACCGUCAUACUGGUUCAAGCCCAGGAGCGGAUAUAUGGGGGUGAGAGCUGGUGGUGAGAGCCGCCGUGAUCCUGUCCUCAGCAGUAAUGCCGAGCCGAUGCCUCCAGGCUUCGAUGGGAAGGAAGCCAUCAGACUAAACGAUAUUAAAAAAACAUACAAGAAGAAGGACAAGAGAACCGAAGCUUUAAGGGGUUUGUCCUUAAAUAUAUAUGAAGGCCAGAUCACUGCAUUACUUGGUCACAGUGGAUCUGGAAAAACUGCUCUCUUAAAUGUUCUCAGUGGAUUUUCCAAGCCUUCAGCAGGUUCUGCAAUGAUAUACAACUACAAAGUGUCUGAAGUACAGGAUAUGGAAGGAAUUCAGGGAAUGGUUGGGAUUUGCCCCCAAUUUAAUUUGCAUUUUGAAGCCUUAACGGUGAAGGAAAACCUGAGAACUUUUGCUCACAUCAAGGGGAUUCAGUGGAAGGAAGUAGAGCAAGAGGUGCAGAAAGUUCUCACGAUGUUGGACCUCGCCGACCUUCAGGAUGUCCACGCCAAUGAUCUGAGUGGGGGACAAAAAAGAAAAUUGUCUCUUGGAAUUGCAAUUCUAGGAAAUCCCCAGGUGUUGCUUUUAGAUGAGCCGACGGCUGGGUUGGAUCCCUGCUCCAGGCACCACGUGUGGAGCCUUCUGAAGGAACGCCAGGCUGGACGCGUGACGCAAAAAACCCAGUCCAUGGAGGAGGCUGAUGCUCAUGCUGAUCGGAAAGCGUUUCUCUCAAAUGGGAGAUUACAGUGUGUUGGCUCAUCUCUGUACCUGAAGAGAAAAUGGGGAAUUGGCUAUCACUUAAGAAUGCGCAUAAAUGACCUGUGUGACCCCGAGCUUACAUCAUCCCUGGUCAGACAGUACAUCCCCAAUGCCGUGCUCAAAGGACAGAAGCGGGGCGAGCUGUGUUAUAUGCUGCCUCUGGAAAACACCGACAGCUUCCCAGAUCUGUUCAGCCAUCUGGAGAACAGUUUUUUGCAGGGGGUUGUUAAUUAUGAGGUUAGCAGGACAACCCUGGAAGAUGUUUUCCUGAAGCUGGAGGGCGAGGAAGCCAUUGAUCAAGAAGAAGACGGAGACCUUGAGGAGAGGGACCAAAGCCUCCUGGUGUUUUCCGAACAGGGGAUCGCGGCAGUGAGCGGGAUGGCACUCUGGAGGCAGCAAGUGUGUGCCGUGAUGAGAGUUCGCUUCUUAAAACUAAAGCACGAAGGAAAGUUUCUCAGGUCCAUAUUGUUGUUCUUUGGAAUAUUUAUCCUUCCAAUGCUUAUGCUUUUCAUUGGAUUUCAACUGUGGGACGGCUCCGGCAACUGGGAAAUCACAGCUAGCUCGUAUUUUCUUCCCACUGAAGAGAAAAUUCAAAAUAAGUCUACAAAUCUUCUCAUCUUCAAUGAUACAGGAUCAGAAAUUGAGGAUUUCAUUGUGGCUUUGAAGUCUCAAAACAUGAUGCCAGAAAUUACUCUUGAGAAAAACAUCACAAGCAUUCCACUACAUAAUGGAGCUAUAAAAAUAUCCCUGGAAGACAAGAGCUACCGAUUCACAGUCAUGUGCAGUGCAGAACCCAUCAACUGUUUCCCCAUGCUCGUGAACAUCCUCAGCAACACCUUCCUAAGGCUCUUCAAUUGCACUGCACGUAUCCGCGUCUGGAGCGAGCCCUUUUAUAACACGCAAAACCCAGAAGUAAAGAGUGAUAUUUUUUUCAUCUGUCUCAGCUACAUGCUGAUUUUGGCUGCCGGUUUGCCUCCUCACUUUGCGGUGAGCAGCAUGGAGGAUUACAAGCUCCAGGCUCGUGCCCAGCUGCGGCUCGCGGGGCUCUUCCCCUCGGCGUACUGGUGCGGGCAGGCGCUGGUGGACGUCCCGCUCUUCUGGACCCUGGUGUGCCUCAUGUUCGGGGUCGUGCUGCUCUUCAACCCCGUCUGCCCCUUGCAGGCUGUCACCAUCCUGCCCCUGAUCAUUUGUGCCAUUGGUUACGGAGUAUCUCUUGUCCUCCUCGUCUAUGUAAUUGCCUUUAAAUUUCGCACGGGACGGAGCAAUCGUUACAUUUGGUCUUUCAUCUUCAUUCUGGUGAAUUUCACUCUCUAUAUGCUCAGUGACCUACAUGAAGCACUUUACUUCACCUUCUCUACUUUGAUUCCUGUGUUUCCACUGCUGGGCUGGUUGAUUUUCUCUGCACCACGUUUCUCAUUGUUUCACAGUAUCGGUCUUCUUGAGUCAUGGAAUCACGUCUUCGUAGCUGUCUUUGCACCUUACAUCCACUGUGUGAUUUUUGCUUUUCUCCUGCGCUGUUUGGAGAUGAGAUACGGAGAAGCAGUCACAAGACUUGAUCCCGUCUUCAGGAUCCAGCAGAGGAGAGCGGUCGCCCGCCAGAACAGGGACCACCCUGGGGAGGAACCCCCAGAAGUCCAGGCAGAGAGGGAGAGGGUGAGGAGCGCGAUGGCCUCCCUGCAGCAGGACGAGCCAGUUAUCGUUGUCAACAGUUUGCGCAAGGAAUAUGAAGACAAGAAAGCCAGUUCCAUCUUUAAGAAAAAGAAGAAAGUUGCUGUCAAAAACCUCUCUUUUAGUGUUAAAAAAGGAGAAGUAUUAGGUUUGUUAGGACCCAACGGAGCUGGAAAAAGCACAACUAUAAGCAUGAUUUCUGGAGACACAACGGUGACUGCCGGCGAGGUGCUGCUCCAGG